GAGUGAGUCAGGGAAGUGUUCCUGGAAUGAGUGUGUCUCGUAUGAGUGUGUGUGUGUGUGUGUGUGUAAUGUCCAGUUUCAGUCCUAUAGCGGCUUGAGCACUCAUAUUAUUACGUCACUACAUUGGGGCGUGGUCUGCACCAGUGUGUAUCUGUCUUCCUUGUUCUUAUCUUAAAGAAUAAACUAUGCGCGUGCGUGUAUGUACUUGAACCAUGCGUUAUAUCGCUGUCAUCGUCUGCUGUCUAUGUGAUUGGGGAAGCUUCACUGAGAUCCCUUCAAUGAGUCACGUAGAGCGGUAUGAUGUAGUCAGACCUCAGAGGCUCGGUGAGAGCAAGAAACAGGUCGUGGAAUCACACAAUCAUGAAAAGUAUCCUGAGAAACUCCUUUUUCAGCUGUUGUUGAAUGGAAAUAAUCAUACAGUUCACUUGCAAAAAAACAGACUUCUUAUUGGACGUAAUUACACUGAAAUACACUAUGAAGCAGAUGGAUCGACUGUGAUCACUUCUCCAAAGCUUGAGGACCAUUGUUAUUAUCAUGGCCGUAUAGACGGAAUAGACGAUUCAUCAGUGAGUGUUGGAGUCUGCUCUGGCAUGAGAGGUUUUGUCAGGGCUGAAGAGCAAAUGUAUCUGAUCGAGCCCUUGGGUAAUAGCACUGAAGGAGACCACGCCUUCUAUAAGCGGGAACACCUGAGGAGGAAGAGGAGUGCUUAUGGAGACUCCGGUAUCACAGUUUAUGACACAGAACCUCGAACAGAAGCCCUCUUCAAACGCAGCAGCAUGAACACGAAGACUGUAUUUAAUACCCAGAGAUACGUGGAGCUGUUUCUUGUAGCUGACAACACUGAAUACAGAAGAUUCAAGUCAAAUGUUGAUACAGUACGGGCAAGGAUGUUAGAAGCCAUAAAUCAUGUUGAUAAGUUCUAUCGUCGACACAAUAUCCGUGUGUUGCUGGUAGGUUUGGAGGUGUGGAAUGUAGAAGAUCAGUUUCUGGUCAGUGUAAAUGAUAAUGAAACUCUCACCAGAUUUAUUCAGUGGCGACAGAAGCGACUUUCAAAUAUUGUCAAGCACGACAAUGCACAACUUGUAACGGGUGUUGAUUUUUUGGAUAAAACUGUGGGGCUGGCAAACAAAUUUGCAAUGUGCACUAAAGCCUCUGGAGGAAUAAAUCAGGAUCAUAGCACGAGUCCACUGGGCUUGGCUGCGACCAUCGCACAUGAGAUGGGCCACAACAUGGGCAUGUCCCAUGAUGUCCGGGGCUGCACUUGUGGCCUUUCUGACUGCAUCAUGACUGAAGAUAUGAACUCAGCUGCAUCAGUCUUCCCAGAGCUGUUUAGUGAUUGCAGUCUGGAUCAGCUGCAAAUAUUUCUGGAGAAUGUCAACCCCAUUUGCCUGCUGGACCGCCCCAGCUCAGACAAAAUUUAUGGUGGACCCGUCUGCGGCAACGCUUUUCUUGACCCUGGGGAGGAGUGUGACUGUGGGACAGAAGAAGAGUGUAACAACCCAUGCUGCAAUGCCAAAACCUGCAAAUUUACAGAAGGAUCUUUUUGUGCGCAGGGAGAGUGUUGUGAAAACUGCCAGAUUCAAGCAGCUGGCAGAGUGUGUAGAGCAUCUGUGAAUGAUUGCGAUCUGGAUGAAUACUGCACAGGAAUGUCGGAAAAGUGUCCACAAGACAGCUUUAAAAUGAAUGGGAUACCAUGCAGAGACAGUUACUGCUACAACGGUCAGUGUCCAACUCUUCUCCAGCACUGCCAGAGACUGUGGGGAAAAGAUGCCAAAGUGGCUGAAAAAGUGUGCUUUUUUAGGAAUACAUUAGGGAUGAGUGAUUCGCACUGCGGACGGAGCAAGGAUGGCUACAAACGCUGUGCAGAACAAGAUAUGUACUGUGGAAGCAUAUUUUGCACUGGGGGUAAUAAUUUUCCCAUUACUGGACUAAAAGCUCAGUUGAGCACAAACACUGGACAUAUAUGCAACAUAGCUGGGGAGAGAUCUGAGGAAGACAACCUAAGCAUGGUGCCUACAGGAGCAUUGUGUGGCCAGAACAAAGUCUGCUUUGACAACAUGUGCCAGGAUGUCAAAGUGUACGGUGUGAGUGAAGACUGCUCACAGAAAUGUAGUGGACAUGGGGUAUGUGAUCAUCGACAACAGUGUCACUGUGAGCCUGGUUGGGCUCCACCACACUGCAAUGUCAAAUUUGCAGACUUGCCUUCUGCAAAAAAUACGACAAUGAUCAGCAUUUCAGUUGCAGCUGGAAUCUUACUACUGCUGGCAGCUGCAUUUGGAAGUUGGAUUUAUUGUAAAAAGAGAAAGGUUUCGAGGCAUAAAACAAAAGCUGACCCAGAACACUCAAAUUCUCAAUUUGAGAACAGUGAAGUAAAACAUGUUCUUUUAAAGGACCGUCUUGAAAUCAGCGAGCCUAGUUUUUUAAGUACGACCAUGACCAGAUCCGGUGUCCUACACACAGUCAUGCCAAUGCGGACAGCACCGCAACCUCCUGUUAAAAAGUCUGAUCCAGAGCCACCUCAGACUGCGCCACCCAUUUCUUUAUCCACAGAAAUGAAGCCUCUGCCUCCUUUAAAGUCUCAACAUCCUGCUGAUGUAAAACAGGUGAACAGACCGCCCCGUCCUCCAGCAGUUCUGCUAAAGCCAACUGUAGGCUCUGGAUCCUGGAAAAAAUAAAUCUAUAAUAACAUCUGAGGUAUUGAGAGAAAUACUGUCUGGUUUAUAAAGCAUUGAGAAUGUAGAGAUCAUUUAAUCUGAUGGAAAACAAAAUGACCCAUGUUGUGAGUCUUAAUACUAUAGUCCUGAAUGCUUUUAUACCGCCUUUUGGUCAUCAGUUCUUUAAGUUGACUAUUGAAUUAAAGGCAGUGUGUUUUAGAGACUGAAAAAGAGGAAGUGAACCUUGCACAGCAGCCUCUGAACCUUCCAAGGAUAUGACUAGGAAAGGAAUCAUCACAUAGAUAAAUAAUGGCUUUUCAGUCUGUUGGGUGUACAGUAUGUGUGACUAAUAACACAUCUGCACAAUGGUGACACAUCAGAACUGUGUCUCUAUGUGGUCAUGUCUUUUUUCCGCUCAAUUAAACUUGAAUUGUUAAGUAUAUUACAAAUAUGAAAAUAAAAAAUCUGUUCUCCAUAUUGUGGAAUUACUGUAUAUAAAUAACUACUUUAAUAACUAUAUAUAAAUACUUUAAACCAAACCUGUACUUUUAUUUUUAAGUAUUAAAUUUUCAGACACAAGUAUAAAACAUUUUUAUAUACAGCACUGAAUGUAUUUUAUAGUCCUGCUAGGAUUUUUUUGGAGGAUUGUUGUGGAUUUUUGAAAAAAUUGUUUUUUUUUUCGGAAGACAUGUAAUUACUUUCUAUGAUAGCUGUAUACAUGUUCAAAUUUUAUGUGUUAUUUAUUAUUUAUAAGCAUUGCAUUCUUAUAAUAGAAAUAAACUUUCCUUCUUCA